CGAUUCACGGACGGGUAGCUGAGCAUGGAGAAGACGUUCGCCGUUGCCAUGUCGGGCUCUGGACUUGGACCAAGAUUUGAGGCACAGGCGGCCCAAAAUGGCUCCGUGCUGGACAACGUGCUGCCGGACAUGGCGCACCUCGUGAAUCCGUAUUGGAGCCGUUUUGCGCCAAUGGAUCCGACAAUGAGCAAAAUUCUCGGUCUGUUCACGCUUGUCAUCCUGAUCAUCUCCUGCUGUGGCAACGGAGUUGUUGUCUACAUCUUUGGCGGCACCAAGUCGUUGCGCACGCCCGCGAAUCUGCUCGUCUUGAAUCUGGCCUUCUCCGACUUUUGCAUGAUGGCCUCCCAGUCGCCGGUAAUGCUCGUCAACUUCUACUAUGAGACGUGGAUCCUGGGGCCCCUGUGGUGCGACAUAUACGCGGUCUGCGGCUCGAUGUUUGGCUGCGUUUCCAUUUGGUCGAUGUGCAUGAUCGCCUUCGAUCGUUACAAUGUCAUUGUCAAGGGCAUCAACGGAACGCCCAUGACAAUCAAGCUGGCCAUCAUGAAGAUUCUUUUCAUUUGGCUAAUGGCCACGUUUUGGACCAUAAUGCCCCUGAUCGGCUGGAGCAGCUAUGUGCCCGAGGGCAAUUUGACCGCCUGCAGCAUUGACUACAUGACCCGGCAGUGGAAUCCGCGCUCCUAUCUAAUUGUCUACUCGAUAUUCGUUUACUAUGUGCCACUAUUUCUAAUAUGCUAUUCCUACUGGUUUAUAAUUGCUGCCGUCGCUGCGCACGAGAAGGGCAUGCGGGAACAGGCCAAGAAGAUGAACGUCAAGUCCUUGCGCAGCUCCGAGGACUGCGACAAGAGCGCCGAGGGCAAACUAGCCAAGGUGGCAUUGACUACCAUUUCACUGUGGUUUAUGGCCUGGUCGCCGUAUCUGGUCAUCUGUUACUUUGGCCUGUUCAAGAUCGAGGGCUUGACGCCACUGACCACCAUUUGGGGCGCCACAUUCGCCAAGACCAGCGCCGUCUACAAUCCCAUUGUCUAUGGCAUUAGCCAUCCCAAGUACCGACUGGUGCUUAAGGAAAAGUGCCCCAUCUGCGUCCUUGGCAACACGGAUGAGCCCAAGCCAGAUGCACCCGCUGGGGACACAGAAACCACUUCAGAGGCAGAAUCAAAGGCCUAGGAAGCUAACAAAUUAUUCCUUAGCAAUUGCCUUAAAAAGGCGCAAAAAUGUAAAAAAAAAAGGAUAAAAGCAACUAUCAAAUCAUGAUACAAAAAUAUAAGAAAAUAGUGAACCUUUCUCUAA